GGAUCGUUUGUCUAUGCAUCUACAAUCGAGACGAAUGCUCUAACUCCAGCUCCGGUUACUGCCCUUUGUUUCGAUCCGUACGAGGAACUACUAUGGUUUGGCAAUUGUCAUGGACGGAUAGCCUCUUAUUAUGCACCAUCGUUUGAAAGAUACACUGCUGUCUGUGCAACAAGAGGGGAUAUUCGGGAUAUGAACGCAACUGAGAUGGUGAUACUUUCAUUAUCCGCCAGUGAACUCAAAGCAAAUACACGUCAUGGCCUCGUUGCGUUCUCCUCUCAGUCAAUGCAGAGCUUAAAUUCUAUGCGUCUAUUGCCUGGCACGUCGUCCUUGUUCAUGGGAGGUGAUCAGAGGAAGCUUAUUCAGUUCGAUCUAGAAAAGCAAAAAGAACUGGUAAUCAAUAAGGUUCAAGUUUUUGAAUUUCAAACUCUCAUACUCGUCCUUCUACAAACAAUACAGAUCACUCUUCGAGCACUAGGGACGAUGGACACGAUUCGAGUGAUUUCAGCGCAUGGUGGAGCGAUCACGGAUUUCGACGUCAACGGGACGAAAUUGAUAACAUCGGGGUGUUCUAUGAGACUCGGAGUACCGCAUGGCGAUCCCUAUGUGAAGGUGUACGAUCUGAGAAACUUUUCUGCUCUCCCACCAAUACCGCUUUCCUUUGCUCCUUUGUUCUCCAGAUUUCUCACCCUUCCUACAUUUUGUGAUUCUCGUGUGUUCAGUGUUGGUCAGGUCAAUUCCUCGGGAAUCAAAGUUCAAAUCACCAUUUACUUAUUCAGUGACCAUUAUCUUUCCAUGAAUUACUCAUUCUUUCUAGGAAAUAUCCAUGUCUACGCAGAUCGGCCGAAUCCUGCCAUCAACGAUUCCUCAUACGACACCGACUUCGCAGAUCCUUCACUUGGACCUCCUCAAUCGUUUCUAAUUGAUGAUACCCAUACUCCACUUGCAUCGGUGCCUCUUCCGUUUUCUUGUGAUGAUACCUACUUUUCGGACUGGCCAGAGGAGAUGUGUCAAAAUGUCUACAGGUGUUUUACGUUUUCUUCAACAUCAGAUCAUCGCUAUGCACCGAAUCCUCGAGCUAACACUCCAUUGGCGUAUUUCAAUGUUGUUCCGUAUUAUCUGGACGGACAAGAAGCUUGUGGUAUGCUGAAACCGCUAGAUAGUUUUAAAUUCAGCAUCUGUUUUGUCUUUGUAGAGGUGGAAGAUUCUCCCGGGCCUUUCAUUACCAAUGGGACCGUCGAAUUGAAUUUGCUCUCAAUGUUGUAUUUGCAGAUUCUGUUCCAUAUCGCCGCUCUCCGUAAUGUUAUUCUUUCACACAUCUGUGAGGAUGAGCACUGCAUAGUAUGUCAGCUAGACUUCGUGUUUAGGAUUAUCAGUGAUAAGCGAAAAUCAAAGGAGGCUGCGGCGGUAAGUGUUAUUCAUUCUGGAAAAGGUCUAUCAGGGAGAAGAUUGACUUCGUUUCCGAGCAAGUGGAUGCUCAAAAUAAUCUGUUCAUCUGAGAUAUAUCACUGCAGAAAGCUUCCUUGGUGUCUGUUCGAUGACGUGCUUGUGACUCGUGUCCAUGAAGACGAGGCGUUGCAUAUCGAUCCUCGAUGGAAGUUACCGUUGAUACUCUGCUAUGCGAACGAAAAAUGUGAUGUGCCUACUUCAUUUACUUCUUUUUCAAUGGUACCAAUGCUGGAUAUCCCUGGUGAAGGCGAGUAUGUCGGGAUUGACGCUGAAUUCAUUAACCUCAAGUUAAUGCCCAAAGCGUUGGAAAAAUCGGUCGGAAGAGUUAGCUGUGUGAAUUCUACCGGUGAACAGGUCCUCAUCGAUGACUACGUGGUCACCUGUGAAGGCGAUGUUGUCGAUGACUAUCUCACUCAAUACAGUGGAAUAAUGGAGGACGAUCUCGAUCCGAGUAAAUCAACGAAACAUCUUACAACCUUGAAGCGAGUGUAUAUGAAAGUGUUACAUCUGAUAGAACGAGGUUGUAUUUUUGUCGGGCACGCCUUAGUCAACGACUUCUCUACGCUUAACAUUCAUGUUCCACCGAAGCAAAUGAUUGAUACUGUGGAGUUGUUUCGGGUGCCACAACAACGCCUUUUCUCUCUUCAGUUCCUUGCAUGGCAUCUGCUUGGCGAAAAAAUUCAAGUGGGGAUUCACGAUUCCGUUGAAGAUGCUCGUGUGGCUCUGAAGCUGUUCAGGAAGUGGGAAGAACUAAACAAAGAUGGUCAGCUGGGAUGGCGCGUUGAUCAUGCACCACAUUCGAAAAGCAGCUCUCCGCUAUCAGAAACUCCCAUGGCUGGCACAUCGCCGCCUUUAGAGUGA